AUGGCCACUCAGUGCAGAAAAGGUGGAAAACAGAUUAAUAUCAACCAUCACUGCAGUGUUGAUAAAGGACCCUAUAAGUGCCCCAUUUGUUUGAAAGAGUUUAAAUAUUCUUUCACCAGGACAAGUCACUUGAGAAAACUCUGCUUCAAAAACUUUUGCAGACAGGAGAAAGAAACCAUGAACAGACAACAAGGCAGCACAAACAAAUUCUUCAAAUGUCCUAUAUGUCCCAAAACCUUUACUGUUUCCUCAAAUAGAACUAGACAUUUGGUGGCACAAUGUCUUAAGAGUUUAAUAGUGCGUGACAGAUUAAGGCAAGCCCAACACAAGACUCAUGGUACAGAAAGACCAUUUAAAUGCCCCUACUGUCCAAAGAGCUUUUAUCAUUCUUCAAAUAAAUGCAGGCAUAUGCGUAUCCACAAAAAUAAUAAUACAGAAAAGAUUCAAGAGUCUUCUGCAUUGGAGCAGAUACCUGUGAAAGAAUCAAGUUCUUCAAAUCCACCAGAAGAGAAAACUGUAGUUGAGGAAGCAUACCGCUCCAUGUACUUAAAAUUAAAGUAUGGAGUGGUCUCUUGCAAAAUUUGUAAGAAAGAGUUCAAGAGUCCCUCUGCCUUUAAAGUUCAUUGGCGCACACACAGUGGAGAACGUCCAUAUGAGUGUACUGAGUGCAAAAAACGAUUUGUUCAGCGGCCUCAUUUACAACGGCAUUUGCUAAUUCAUGGCAAGCGUAAUCAGUGCCUUAAAUGCAAAAAGGUUUUUAACACAUUGAGUGAAUUGGUGAAGCACCGCCGAGUUCACUUAAAAAGCAGUGUUCCUCCGUGCACAAACUGUUCCAAAACCUUUAAGUCUCAUUCAGAGUUGUCAAGACAUCAGUGCAAUCUAUAUGAAAAUGUCUUUUUAUGUGAAAUAUGUGAAAAGAAUUUUGAAAAUGCCGACCAGCUUAUUCAGCAUCUUCAGUGCCAUGUUGGACAAACAGAAUUCAAAUGCGUUACAUGCAAUGAGAUAUUUGACACUCCCAGAGCUCUGAAAAUUCAUAGACAUAGGCACACAUCUAUGAAAGAGACCAAAUAUCCAUGUAAAUUAUGUGGUAAAGUGUUCUGGUGGAAAUCUAACCUGAGAAGACAUAUUCUGAUCCAUACAGGUUUUAAAGUGUUUUGCUGUAACAAGUGUGGGAAACGUUUUUCAAAGAAUUAUAGUUUGAAAAUUCAUCUGUCUAAAUGUGGUGCCCAAGCACCAAAUGAAGAAAAAGAAGUAACAGUGGAAAAUGAUGUUCCAGGUCAAUUAUGCAAGGAUGUCUUUGAAAGAAGGUCUGUAAAAAUACCAUGUAUGUUUAAGUGCACAUUUUGUUUUAAGAGCUUCAACUGGAAAAGUGGCCUUUAUCGGCAUCUUAAGAAGCAUGAAGGUGAAAAAAAGUAUCGUUGCCAGAAGUGUGAUCGAGCUUUCUUUCGCAAAGAUCAUUUUCAAAAACAUCUAUAUUCUUGCAAGGAUCGUAAGGAUUAUUGUAAUUUAUCUAAACCAAAGGUUAAGCCAGAUUCUUCAGUCAAUUCCUCAGAAGCAAGUUUGAAAAAUCUUCAAAACGAUAAAUGGUAUCAGAUGCACUACAAUAACAAUGGACUGUAUGCCUGCAAACUUUGCUCCAAGACUUUCGCCAAAAAAGGGGCUUUUAGCAGACAUGUUCAGACUCAUUCUGGACUAAAACUGUUCUCUUGCAGUAAUUGUACACGGUCCUAUUCUCGCAGUGACAACCUGAAGCAUCACAUGAAGUACUGCGUUGGUCCAAACCUGACAAACUUGCCAGAUGACAAACCUUUGGAAGCCUACAGCAUUUUAGGAGAAGGCACCAAUGAGUCCUCAAAGCUAGAUAUGGAUGAUGCUCACUCUAGCAAAGAAGUGAUGACAGAUGUAUCUGUUUUCAGUAUUUCAGAAACAGUUUCCCAAGAUUCUGAUCCAAAGAAAAAGGAAGUCGAAAAGGAAGUUAAAUGGGAUGAAUCGUUUCUGCUAAAAAAAGGGGUGAAGAAAGGCAUUAGUCAAAGUUCCCUAAAAGAUCAUACAUGCCCAUACUGUGCUGCACAAUUUACUGCUAAAAUGAGUUUAAUCAGGCAUAUUAGGUUGCACACAAAUGAGAAACCGUACUCCUGCAUCAAGUGUGGGAAAAAGUUUUCGAGGAAUGAUGUAUGUUUGUCUCAUCAAUCCAAUUGCGUGGAAGUAAAUGUUUGUGAUCAGGAUGAUUCCUCCACCCAUGUUUCACAAAUCUUAAAAAUCAAUGAAAAUGCCAAAAUCUCCAAGGAAGCAUCAAGCAAGCAGCGAGAAUACAAGUGCAAAUUUUGCACCAUGAGUUUUCAGUGGUCCAAAAGCUUAAGACGACACAUCUUGACACAUACAGAUGUGAAACCGUAUCGAUGUGAAAAAUGUGACAGCUGUUUUGCACGUUAUGACUACCUUAAGUUCCAUCAAAUUAGGUGUAGAAAUCAAAAGAAACAAGCUGAUGUUUUUCAGGAUAAAGGUCUAGUUACAGCUGAGGACAACAGCAUUGCUCCUGAGUGUCAGAGCCUGGAAACUAUUGUGCGACAUAAAUGUGAAACCUGUAAUAAGAACUUUUAUACCAAAUCAGAUUUAUUACGACACACAGCUAUGAUGCAUUUGAAAAACAAGCCUUUCAGUUGCUCGUUGUGUGGAAAUCAGUUCACCAAAAUGGACUCUAUUAAAUCCCAUCUGAAAAGCUGUAAAGCUGCCCUAAAAAUUGUUUCCACUACAGUAGAAAACGACUCUAAAAGGGCUAGCAACCUAGAGACACUUGAAGAGAGUGCUCAAAAGACUGAUGAUAGCAGCUCCCCCAAGCUACUGAGGCACAUAGAAAACACAGCAUGUCGUGAGACAAGUAAACUUCUGAAGAGGAUUGAAUCUCACUUAACUAAUAAGAAACUGUUUUUAUGUAACUACUGCAAAAAGACAUUCAGUGCCAAGGAAGCACUUAAGAGGCACUUUCGGACUCACACUGGAGAAAAACCAUUUAAAUGUGAUCGUUGUGGAGAACGUUUCAUGAGGCGAGAUUAUCUGCAAAGGCAUAUGACAAAAUGUUUCCUGUAUAUUCAGAAAAGUGCUGAUAAUGGCAGUGCAACACAUGAGCAGGCUCUUUGUGAUAAAUGUGGUGUUUUCUUCACAAGACAGGAAUAUCUUGGACACCAUGCACAUAACUGCAUAGGGGAGACAAAGUCUUCUGAAACUGGUGCUGUAAAAGCACAGGAAGAAAAUGACCACCAUGCUAUUCCUCUGGAGGGAGAUGGAUUUAUUUGUGCAGAUUGUGGUGAAGAAUUUGUUGGUUUUUUGCAACUGCAGGAGCACCGAAAUACCGUGCACAUAGGAGUGAACCAUUCAGAAUCGGAUGUACCACAAAAAAAGACGCUGCAUUUACCAUCAAGUCCACUUAAGACAACAUUUAUAAAUGGUGUGAGCAUAAAGCAAGAAGUCUUAGAUGAAGAGUAUGGACUGUAUUGUUCAAACCAACCAAAAAUAGUCCAGCUGCCUGUUUCACCUCUUAGUAAGGUUAUUAAAAAAAACAAUCCAAUAGUGAUGAAGAACUCUGCAAAGCCAUUUAAAUGCCAGUUCUGCCCAAAACAGUUCUCAAGUCAUGGACAUGCAAAAGAGCAUAUUCGUACUCACACUGGAGAGAAGCCCUUUUCAUGCAAUAUGUGUACAGAGAGAUUUUUUCGCAAGGACUAUCUUAUGAGGCAUAUAAAAAGAUGUGUACUUGCACAAAGUCCUGUGACGAGCAGUGACGUGUCUAAUAACUCUCUGAAACAGGAACCCAUGGAUUCCUCACGCCAGUAUUCGACUAAUACAGUAGUGGUGAUUAACAGUGGUCCAAAAGCCACAGGAACUGGAGUACUUCAGACUGGAUUCUCUUGUAAAGUGAGUGGAGAUUCUGAAACAAUGGUGCAUGAAAAACGACACUCAUCAAGACUAGAAAAACGAUACGAUUGUUCAGAAUGUGACCAGAGUUUUACAGAUAGUUUAAGUCUUUCAAAUCAUUUGAGGGAACAUGGAAAGAGUUUAUAUGAUGAAGAGUUGAACAAGAACAAACAUGUGUGUUCCUACUGUGGUCUGAGUUUCAAAUUUCGUAGUCUUCUUCAGAGGCACCAAGAAAAACACAGUGGAAACCUACCAUAUAAGUGCCCACACUGCCCAAGAAGUUUUAGGUUCCCUUCAGAGUUUAAUCGGCAUAGCAGUAGCCAUGGCAGAGUUUUUUCAUGCAAAUUUUGUAACAAGCGAUUUGCUGAUAAGCUUGUCUUGAGGCAACAUCAAAACUCCAGCCAUGGUUCUUUGCUAUACAGAUGUGCAGACUGUGGAAGUGGCUAUGCAAAUAGGAGAUUAUAUAAUCAGCACAGGCGCAAAGUUCAUGGUGAUGCAUUAGAAAACAUAAUUCUUCCAAAACUGCAGAAUCCUGUUCAUCUUGAGAUUGCAAAUGUGUGUAAUGAACAACAAUUGAAUGAGCAUGUUGGUGUGGAGGUGAGAGCAGAUGAGCAGCAGGGUGUGGAGAAACAGGAAGGCGAGGGGGAAGAUGACGAUGCUGCAGAUCAUGAUGAGGAGAACGAAGAUGAAGAUUCUGAUUCUGCUCCCUAUUUUCCUUGUCACGUCUGUGGGAAAACCUUCACCACAUCUGAAAGUUUAGAAGAUCAUCAGCGGUGCCAUCUUGGAGAAAAGCCCCAUGAGUGUGCAGAGUGUGGAAAAUGUUUCUUCCAACAGUCCCAUCUUCAGCAGCAUCAGCGCACCCAUGAAAAAACUUUUCAGUGCCUGCCAUGUGGCAAAGGUUUCAUUUCGCUGGGAGCACUCCGCAAGCAUAGGCGUAGUCAUACAAAGAAGCGUCCCUUCCAUUGUACGAAGUGUCCACAGCGCUUCACAAGGUCAGCACACCUGGUGGAACACAUGGCCACUCAUUCUGAUGAGACAUUUCCAUGCGACAUCUGUGGCAGGACAUUUUCUUGUAGAGUCAGCCGGGAUCAGCACAGAAAAACUCACUCUGAACCAUCAGGUGAUACGGACCAAGGUGAAUAUUCCUCACAUUUGUUGAACACUGACUUUGUGGGUUCCAGUGAGACUCAACCACCACCUCUGAUUUCCCCACAAGUUGCACAUUUAAGCCCUGUAAAAUCAACAAAUGAAAGUGACCAGUUAAAUAUUUCAGAGACAAGUGCAAAUGACCUGAAGUAUUCUUGUCUGAUAUGUAAAAAAAGAUUUCGGUAUCCCAGCAAGCUAUUAGAACAUCAAAAGUACCAUGCUGGAGAAAGGCCAUAUUCAUGCUUAGAUUGUGGCAAACGAUUUGUUCAUGGUACUCAACUGAAAAAACACCAGCUUAGCCACCAGCUCUCUCGGCCAAAGCAUCAUCAGUGUAAUACUUGUGGAAAAGUCUUCAGUAAUCUGAGUGCAUUCAUAAGCCACCAGAAGCAGCAUAUGAGUGAAGAUGGGUUUAAGUGCACUGAGUGUUCUAAGACAUUUAAAAAUCUAUCUGACUUCUCACAGCACUGUCUGAUCCAUAAGGGAGAAAAACCGUUCAAGUGCCAUACCUGUGGUAUGCGGUUCAUACGCAAGAGUAAUUUGACAGUGCACCAGAAGAAGCAUGUUGGGCAGACUCAGUAUGAGUGCACAGAAUGUGAUGGCAAUUUCCUGGGAUUGGAAUCAUUUAAGCAGCAUCACUGUGUUCGGAUGCAGAGGCAUCUACAACUUGCUAUGCAGUUCAAAGAUUCAGAGGCCUCCAGCCAGGAGCACACAAAUGCCUGGGAGGACGAAAAUGAGAGUAGCAGUGCCGAGUCUUCAUUCUUUUGUCACAUAUGCAGCAAAAGUUUCUCUUCAUUUGCAAAACUCGAGGAGCACCAGCAUCUUCAUAGAGUGGAAAGACCUUUUGAAUGUUCUGAAUGUGACAAACGUUUCUACACAGCUGGUCAUUUGAGGAAGCAUCAGGAAAGUCAUGAAAGACAAUAUCAGUGUGAUAAAUGCCCACAAGGAUUUAGCAGUGUUCGUGCCUUUUUGCAGCACCAGAACCUGCAUGGUUCAGACAGGCCGCACCAGUGUGACACUUGUUUAAAACGUUUUGUCUCUACCUCCGACCUAGCAAAGCAUCUCCGCAAACAUGCAGAGGAGAACAGUUUUCAGUGCGACAUGUGCUGGAAAACCUUUAGCCAGGCCUCGUACCUCAAGCGGCAUCAGGAGUCGCAUGUUGGCGAGGUGGUUUAUGAGUGCACAGAAUGCGACAAGGCAUUUGCCUCUUUUCAGCUGCUGCAGCAACAUCAGAAUGUGCAUGCUAUGGGCCACCUGGAUAAAAUGUUGACUGAAAGUCCUCUGGAAUCUGUGGACGGCUGCCAAAGAGACAGCAAUCUGUAGCCAUUCCAUAUCAUUUGUACUGUCGAUACUCCAGUGGUUCUCAACUCUACACAAGGAUAAAACUUUUCCUUUGAUGCUGUUAAUUUCAGUUGUUUUGCUUUUACUACUUUUAUUUGGAAUUUAGGUAUGCACUUUGAACAUUACCCUCAGUCAGUCUUUGUAAGGUAUCGUGGAAGCGACAGAAGAGAACAAGUAGUCUCACGUAGCAGCGAAUGAACACUCAUCUUUACUUAGUAUUAAGUGUUCUAUGGUGCUUCUUUUGACUAUUGAUCAAUGAAUAGCUAGCUAAACCUUCCUGUAGAUAUUUUUUUAUCAGCUGGUUAUUCAGCCUUUGAGCCAAGAAAGGUCUGUGUAAUUAUGGGAGUGUUCUGAACCUUUCAUUUAAAAAGAAAAAACUUAUUCAUGAUAUGAGUUUUUUUAUAAUAAAUAAUGGGGUGGGGUGAGGUCUGGAAUUGCACCCUUUGUUUUACAGUUGAGAAUCAGUGCUUUGUGUAAAGUGAUCUAAUAAUGUUAAACCUCUUUCUCCAUUGUGUUCUCGGUACAGUACAUUUUCUUUAAUUUUGCUCAUUACCAGCUAAAACACAUUGAGCCUGAGGGUGUGACCAUUAGAUCUCUUAUGUUACUGUUGAUAUGGCUGAAAGUGAGUUGCUUUUUUUCAGAUGAGUUAGACUCUACCCUUUCGCCAUCAACAUAUUCCCUAAGAAGAGAAAUAGGCAGUUACUUGAAACCACACAUUUAUUUACUUUUUAAUUUGAUUGUUUAGAACAUCUUUGCUAUUUUGGUGAAGUCCUCCCUCUUUAAUGGACAUCUUUGAGGAACUGUUUUGAAGAUCAUGAAUGUCAUAAACAUUCAUGGAUUCCCUUACAAACUUGUGAAUCCACUGUGGGACUGGAAAAGGAUGCAAGUUGGUAUUUUUUAGGGACUAUCACUGUGUUAACCUUCUUUGUUACCCCCUAAUAGAAACCUAUUUAGAUUACAUAUUUUUACAGUCAACAAAUAUAUAAUAAAGACAAAUCAAAAUAUUAUAACCUUAUUAAAAGGCAGAUCUUAAUUUUGAGGUGUGAACAUAUAUUACAACCCCAAACCUUUAGCACCCCAAAGGCAAAAUAGAGAAAAGGAGAUUGAGGUGUAAUAUUUACUGACAUACCAGUACAUUAUUAUUACUUUUUUUUUUUUUUUACCUCAUUUGUCAAUAGUCAUUUAGGGUGCAGACUGGGUUGGGAAAAGUAGAUUAAUCCCUCUCUUGUAAAUAUAGGUUUGGUUUAUUUUCUUAUUACAUAAAACAAUUUUCCUAUUACAUAAAAAGAAUUGGCCCUGCUGUGGAGGAAGAGAUUGAAUGCCUAAACCACCAGCCUUUUUUCAGACUGUGAUUGAAAGACGUAACAAGCGGAAACGUUAGGAUAUCUGGAAAGCAUUUUUGUUUUCACCAAAGGAGCAAGAUGAUUGCAGAACUACUGAAGCUCCAGAAAGUAUUGUUCAAGUAUCCUGGAGGUGGGAGAAAGGGUUGCUCUACCACGCUUUGACUUUAACAUUUAGAAUAAACUCAGUUUGUUGCAGGAUGAGUACUACAACUUUCCACACAAAUUAAUAGUAACUGCCCAUCAGAAGUUAAUAAGUCUGAACUUGGCUGAAAGUAUGACUUCGUUUUCCUUAAGAGUUUGGAAAAGUUUAAAGAAGGAUCUCAUGGUUACAUUAAACAUUGUUUUUGUCUGUUUAGCUUUUUAUUGAGGAGGUAAGUAGUCCGAAAUGGUACAGAACUCUAAGGUAAAAUCACCAGACAUUCAUGUUUGUGUAUAAGUCUGGUGGGACUCUUCAUACUUGAGAUUUAUGUAAUCUUCUUUAAAUUGCAGAAUUUCUGUGUCCUGCUUUCACAAGUUUUGGGUAUCUAUUCAUAUCCAAAAAAGAAUGUAAAUAUUGAAAUUGUGUGCUGCUUUAAGAAAGUGUUGGCCUUGGAGAGGGACUGAGAGUGCAGUAGGGUCCAGUUCGUUUAAGCCUGAAGUAGAGUAACUUGGCACUUAUUUCCUGAAGGGAAAUGUUUUUUAUUAUUGUCAUUAUUAUUGGGACUUUUAACCCUAAAAUGGGAUAUGUACCAGUGCCUGUAUUGUUUGUUCUUCUAAUAAAUCCUGUUUAGGAUUGAA